CCUCAUUUCUCUUCCUCGCCGCCGCCUUCUUCACUUCACUCUCUCUCUCCCUCUGCCUCUACCUCGCUGCAUGAAGGUGAACCAUGGAGCCAUCGUCUUUGGUGCAUUGCUUUUUGGUACUAUGACUGUUGUAUGGCUUCUGAACGGAUACUGAUGGAUGUUAAUCCAGGUAAUAAACUACAUUGUGCUGCAAAAGCUGCAGCUGACAAGGAGAAGACGGUUCCCUUGGAUAGCUUUGUUUAAGGUGGAUGAAUAAGUGCAAAGAGAGCAUUGAUAACAUGGAGGUUGUGAGGCAUAAACAAAAUAAGGCUCCCGAGGAUGUCGAGGUUGAUAUAAUAGGAUGCACAAAUAAUAAUGACACUACAACAGUUAAAAUUGAGGAUCCGGAUGCAACUGAAUGUUCCAGCUCAUUUGCUGACACCGCAUCUGAUACCGAUAAAUGUUCUGGAUUGAGUGAUGCUGAAGUCGAAUCUCAGUUCGUUGGUGAUGCUGCUUUUGCAUCUGCUUACGAACCAUUUAGUAGUGUGUUUCAUAUAAGGAAGAAGAGGCUGACAAGCCAUUGGAGGAACUUCAUUCGGCCUCUCAUGUGGCGCUGCAAAUGGGCAGAACUGAGAAUCAAACAAAUCGAGUCUCAAGCAGGAAAAUACACCAGAGAACUUUCAGCAUACAAUAAGAGAAAGUUUCCUGGAAUUGAUCAAUCUGCACUGGAAGGUUUUGGUUCAAAAUCAUUGCCAUUUUCUAGUCAGUAUAACCGUAAAAAGGCCAUCAAGCAGAGGAGAAGAAAGAGAAUUGAAGAAGCAACCGAUAUAGCCUCAUACAUGUCAUGUCAUAACUCAUUUUCGUAUUUUGAUACGAGCUUUUCCUUUAUUCUUUAUCGUUAUUUUUUAAGUGUUUUUCUUGUCUGGCCUUAACCCUGAUGCUCAAGU